CUCCAUUAUUAUUAGCUCUCACUAUCUUUCUGAGAUAUGGAAGACGAAGACCAAAAGGAACUUCAACUUCUCCCUACUCCCCUCCCCAUUUCCUCUCGCUCCUCCGAUUCUUCUUCCCUAAGGUAUCGAUCCACGGCGGCGGCGGAUCAAUACGAAGGUCCUUCACUGGACUUGCAACUAUCCAUCAACUUGAGGCCAAUCCAACAACCAUCGAAUUGUGUCAUAAAAGGUCCAAUCUGCGACGCAACAGGAAGCGUGGAGUCGUUGAAAUGGAAAGCAGCGGAGCAAAUCCGGCAGGCGGCCAUCGAGAAAGCUUACGCGGAGCGAGUGAGGGAGCUGACGAAGAGGGAGAUGGAGAUGGCUCAGUCCGAGUUCUCUCGGGCGAGGAAUAUGUGGCAGAGGGCGAGGGAAGAAGUGGAGAAAGCGGAGAGAAUGAAAGAGAGAGCGACGAGGCAGAUUGAUUCUACGUGCAUGGAGAUUACUUGCCAGUCUUGCAGACAAAGGUUUAGGCCUUGAAAUUGAAUUUUUUUGCUUAGUGACCAAAAUAGAAA